CUCACUUCUUACUACCCACACAUCACACUAAUGCCCUCGCUCAAGUGCUGUGCCCCUGCUGCCGCACAGGCUCAUCCCCCGACCGUGACGCCGAUCAGCCCCCAGAUGCCCCCAAGCCGGCAACUUAAGGCCUACAAGUUGCUCGCCUCGGACGAUAGGUGCGCUGCGCGUGCCCCUUUCCACAAUUACGAAGUUGCCCAAGUGGAGAUCUGUCUUCUGACGCAGUGUGUGGUGUGUGUUCAGAUCACACGUCCAGUUAGUGCAUCUCGCCACCGGCCAUCGGCAUCAAGGAUGAAGUGGUGGGUGCCCCAGCCUAAGCAGGUAUGGAACCCAUCCUGGAAGCUGCCCAAGUUCAGCACCAUGCACCGCCUCGACAAGUCGUUCUUCGCGGCCGUCCCCGCCGCCUUGGUCAUGUUCCUUGUAUACCAAUGGGGAAACCCUCCUAAGGUACGUUGACGCAGAAACGGUGCACACAUCGACACAGACACAGACACGGACAACACACACACAGAUCUGUCUGUCGGUCUGUCGGUCUGUUUGCCUGCAUCCCUGGUGCAGGGCGUGCCAGUUCCUGGCGACAAGGACUAUGAGAUCGAGAGGGUCGAGUGGAUCAGGGAGGCCAAGGAGCGGCAGGAGCGGCUGAAGCGCGGCGGUCCCGUGGAGGACGACGAGUCGCUCUCCUUCCUCACCAGCAAUCCUUACGAGGGAAUGGGCAAGUUCCACACGCCGAGAACCACCUGACUGACGAGAGAGCGAGAGAAGCGGGGGACGGAAGGCCGUGACGUGACGGGCUGUUUGGUGUGGUGUGCAGUGGGUGGUGCUGGCCCUCUUGGCUCGCUGACUGAUCAAUGCUCCUGGCCCGUCGCUGGCCCUUGGGUUUCCUGCCUUCUGCUUGGCUGAUGCCUUGGUGGUGUGGGUAGCUUCCCACACCGUCACGGCGUCGGCCAUGCGCAUGGCACAGGGAAUCGAAGGACAGACGAUGGACAGGGGGUGCUGUGGCUGUGGUGGGGGGAUGCUUGUUGUAGUGGGGGGCUGCGAAGGUUGCUUGGUUGAUUGCGUGUGGAUGGAUGGAUGUGUGUGGGCCUUGAUCGGGUGUUGUCCGUCCCGUGCUGCGACCGCAUUCAGCCCUCAGCUGAUGCACACAGCUGAGAGAUGAGUGCGGAAGAGAGAGGGACUGUCACUGCUCGACAGCCUCACGCGUACAGUCCGCCUGCGCUCAUCGUGUUGGUGUGAGGGAGAGAGCACUUGGUGUUGAUAUGGGUGAGAAGGGAGGUACGGCAAUGACGAUCUCAGCGAGGAGCUUUAUGGUGUUUGUUUGUGGGCGAUGUGUGUG